GGUCUGCUGCCCGACGGCCAGCAGCUGUACGUGGUAAGCGAUCCGAUGGGCAACUCCAUCGGCAUCCGCCGUGUGCCCGACGUCAAGUCCCCUAAGUCGGGCAUGUCCCUCCUCAACAAGGAGAUCUUCGCCGUGUCGGAGGUCGUCGACGCCGAGGGCGGGCAGCAGUACCUGCGGCUCGCUGACGGGCGCGGCUGGGCCUUCACCCGCAGUUCCAACGACGGCCGCCUGCUCGCGGUGCCGAUCUCGCCCGAGGAGGCUGCGGAGGCCGCCCAGAUGCAGAUGUCUGGCCAGCAAAGGAUGAUGAUGGAGGCUGGGUGGGUCGCGGCGCUGGCCAACGCGUCGUUGUCGUCAUCCUCCUCCGCCUCCUCCUUCUCUUUGUCAGCCUGCGCUCUGUUUUCCCUUCUCUCUCAUUGUCCUGCCUCCCGUCUCGCUCAUUGUCGUGCCACCCGUCCUCCUCCUCCGUACCUCCCCCCCAUCCUCAUCUUGGGAUGCUGGCACGCGUAUCUAAGACAACCGUUUUCCUCACCCGAAUCCUGCGAAAAGACCAUGGUGGGCGCAAUUGUUUGCCUUUGGUCGGGGCCAUAAAUGCAUCAUGCCAGGGCCAGCUCGGACGGUCAAUUUUUAGGUUGGGAGUUCCAGUCGUGCGUUGCCAGCAAGGCGUCGCGUUUUGCCGCGUGUCGUCGGACUCUGGUGUUUCAAAGCGAACCUGUUCCAUGUCUACCUCUCCCGUUGAAUCUACUUCGUUGUCAACCGCUGGUCUCCGCAAGCGAGGCGCAGCGCCUUAUGCAGACUAACCCUGAGAUGUACGAGCAGAUAAUGAGCUCGCCAGAGUUCCAAGCCAUGAUGGAGCGGCCCGAGCUCCUGCGGGGCGCCGCGGAGAGCAGCCCCCACGUGGCG